AUGGCGUCUCUUAUGCACUGUGUCAUCCCUCAGCUCGUCGCCCGCUCUGGAGCCUCAUCCGUCCGUCAUCGUUCCAUGGCCACCCUCUCGUCCUCGACUCCCACCAAGGCCACCAACACCAUCAAGGGCGCCGCAGGAAAGGUCUCAGGAACUAGCGCCACCACCACCACUGCCGCUAAGGCUGCUACUACCCCCCCUCCCCCUCCUGCCCCCGCGAAUGCUACGGCGGCAGAGGCGAACCCGCUGUGGGAGCUGUGGAAGGAACACAAGAACAACAAAUGGGCUCUCGGAACCGUCCUUGUUGCGGCGCUGAUGGGCGAUGCUGCCGUCUCGUGGGCGUUAUUCGGGAACAAGAAGAAGGACGGUGAAGGCGAGGGCAGCGAGGAGGCUGCUGCUGCUGAGAAGGUCGCCAAUACUUCUGUCGCUGCCACUGUGGCCUAG